AUGAAACUCAUGCUUGUGUGUAUCUAUCUAUCUAUCUAUCUAUCUAUCUAUCUAUCUAUCUAUCUAUCUAUCUAUCUAUCUAUCUAUAUAUAUAUAUAUGUGGGCACCUCGAGGUAUGUGUAUGAGAAAUUAUUUCUGGCAAUGAACUGGCUCCAAGUUGGCGCCAUAGCAGAAGUAGGUAAGGAAUUUACAGAAUAUCAUCGUUUGCUCAAGGAACAUCUCCACUCACGAGGAGUCUAUAUGAUAUCCCGGAACAAGAUGGUAGAUGACCGAGAAUCUCUAGAUCUAUCUAAGCUCUCUUUCUUUUUUUUUUCUUUCUUUCUUUCUUUCUUUCUUUCUUUCUUUUUUUUUCUUUCCUCUUUUUCUCUCUUCUCUCUUUCUUCUCUCUUUCUUUCUCUCUCUUUCCCUUUCUUUCUCUUUCUUUUUUUCUCUCUCUCUUCUCUUUCUUUCUAUUUCUUUCUCUCCUUCUUUCAGUCUUUCUUUUUCUCCCUCUAUUUUCUCUUUCUCUCUUCCUUUUCUCUAUCUUUCUCCCUUCUCUCUCUUUCUUUUUAUCCCUCUCUCUUUUCUCUUUCUCCCACUUUCUUUCUUUCUCACUCUUUCUUUCUUUCUUUCUUUCUUUCUUUCUUUCUUUCUUUCUUUCUUUCUUUUUCCCUUCCCUCUCUUUUUCUUUCACACUCUUUCUCUCCCUCACUUUCUUUCUUUUUCUCUCUCACCCUUCUUUCUUUCUUUCUUUCUUUCUUUCUUUCUUUCUUUCUUUCUUUCUUUCUUUCCCCCUCCUUUUCGCUUUCUUUCUCUCCCACUCUUCUUUCUUUCUUUCUUUCUUUCUUUCUUUCUUUCUUUCUUUCUUUCUUUCUUUCUUUCACUCUCUCUGUACCAGCAUUUUUCUCUUUCUUUCUAUUUUCAUUCUUUUCUUUUCUUUCUUUCAUUUCUCUCUUUUUUCUUUUUUCUAUUUACAUUCUUCUUUUCUCUUUUCACUUUCAUUCUUCUUUCUCUUUUCUUUUCUCUUUCUCUUUUCUUUCUAUUUAUUCUUCUUUUCUCAUUUUCUUUUCUCUUUCUCUUUUUCUUGCUAUUUACAUUCUUCUUUUCUCUUUUCUCUUUCUUGCUAUUUACACACUUUCUUUUCUUCUUUUCUCUUUCUCUCUUUCUUUCUAUUUACAUUCUUCUUUUCUCUUUCUUCUUUUUCUUUCUUUCUUUCUAUUUACAUUCUUCUUUUUCUCUUUUCUCUCUUUCUUUCUAUUUACAUUCUUUUUCACUUUUUUUUCUAUUUCAUUCUUCUUUCUUUCUUAUUUACAUUUUCUUUCUUUUUCUUUUCUUUUUUCUCUUUCUUUCUAUUCUUCUUCUUCUUUUUCAUUCUUCUUUUCUCUCAUUUUUCUCUUUCUUUCUAUUUACAUUUUCUUCUUUUCUCUUUCUCUCUUUCUCUUUUCUUUUCUUUCAUUUCUUUUCUCAUUUUCUUUCUCAUUUUUCUUUUUUCUUUCUAUUUACAUUCUUCUUUUCUCUUUCUCUCUUUCUUUCUAUUUGCAUUCUUCUUUUUCUUUCUCACUUUCUUUCUCUCUUUCUCUUUCUCUCUUUUCUUUCUAUUUACAUUCUUUCUUUUUUCUCUUUUUCUCCUUUCUUUCUAUUUACAUUCUUCUUUCUCUUUCUCUCUUUCUUUCUAUUUUACAUUCUUCUUUUCUUUCUCACUUUCUUUCUAUUUACAUUCUUCUUUUCUCUUUCUCUUCUUUCUUUCUUAUUCUUCUUUUUCUCUUUCUCUCUUUCUUUUAUUUACAUUCUUCUUUUCUUUUCUCUUUCUUUCUAUUUACAUUCUUCUUUUCUCUAUUUCAUUCUUCUUUCUUUCUAUUUAUUUUCUUCUUCUUUUCUCUUUCUUUUCUCUUCUUUUCUUUCUUUUUACAUUCUUCUUUCUCUUUUCUCUCUUUCUUUCUAUUUUUCUUCUUUCUCUUUCUCACAUUCUUUUCUUUUCUUUUCUAUUUACAUUCUUCUUUUCUCUUUCUCUUUUCUUUUCUAUUUACAUUUCUUCUUUUCUUUUCUUUCUCUCUUUCUUUCUAUUUACAUUUUCUUUCUCUUUCUCUCUUUCUCUCUUUCUUUCUAUUUACAUUCUUCUUCUUUUCUCUUUCUCUCUUUCUUUCUAUUUACAUUCUUCUUUUCUCUUUCUUUUUCUUUCUUUUUUCUUCUUCUUUUCUUUCUUUUCUAUACAUUCUUCUUUCUUUUUCUAUUUACAUUUUCUUCUUUUUCUUUCUCUCUUUCUUUCUUUUCUCUCUCUUUUUACUAUUUUCUUCUUUUUUUUCUCAUUUCUUCUUUUUCUUUCUCUUUCUUUCUAUUUACAUUCUUCUUUUUCUUUCUCUCUUUCUUUCUAUUUACAUUCUUCUUUUCUCUUUUCUCUUUCUUUCUAUUUACAUUCUUCUUUUCUCUUUCUCUCUUUUCUUUUUCUUUUCUAUUUACAUUCUUCUUUUCUCUUUCUCUCUUUUCUUUCUAUUUCUUUUCUUCUUUCUUCUUUCUCUCUUUCUUUCUAUUUACAUUCUUCUCUUUUCUCUUUCUCACUUUCUUUCUAUUUCUUUUCUUCUUUUCUCUUUCUCUUUUCUUUCUAUUUACAUUCUUCUUUUCUCUUUCUCACUUUCUUUUUCUAUUUACUCUUUCUUUUCUUUUCUCUUUUUCUCUCUUUCUUUCUAUUUACAUUCUUCUUUUUCUUCUUUUCUCUUUUUUCUUUCUCUUUCUUUCUAUUUACAUUUCUUCUCUUUUCUCUUUCUCUCUUUCUUUCUAUUUACAUUCUUCUUUUCUCUUUCUCACUUUCUUUCUAUUUACAUUCUUCUUUUCUCUUUCUCUCUUUCUUUCUAUUUACAUUCUUCUUUUCUCUUUCUCUCUUUCUUUCUAUUUACAUUCUUCUUUUCUCUUUCUCACUUUCUUUCUAUUUACAUUCUUCUUUUCUCUUUCUCUCUUUCUUUCUAUUUACAUUCUUCUUUUCUCUUUCUCACUUUCUUUCUAUUUACAUUCUUCUUUUCUCUUUCUCUCUUUCUUUCUAUUUACAUUCUUCUUUUUCUCUUUCUUUUCUUUCUAUUUACAUUCUUUUUCUUUUCUUUCUUUACAUCUCUUUUUCUUUUACAUUCUUCUUUUCUCUUUCUCUCUUUCUUUCUAUUUACAUUCUUCUUUUCUCUUUCUCUCUUUCUUUCUAUUUACAUUCUUCUUUUCUCUUUCUCUCUUUCUUUCUAUUUACAUUCUUCUUUUCUCUUUCUCUCUUUCUUUCUAUUUACAUUCUUCUUUUCUCUUUCUAUUUACAUUCUUCUUUUCUUUCUUUCUUUCUAUUUACAUUCUUUUACUUUUUCUUUUCUUUUUUACAUUCUUCUUUUCUCUUUUCUCUCUUUCUUUCUAUUUACAUUCUUCUUUUCUCUUUCUUUCUUUCUCUUUCUUUUCUUUCUAUUUACAUUCUUCUUUUCUCUUUCUCUCUUUUUCUUUCUCUUUACAUUCUUCUUUUUCUCUUUCUCUCUUUCUUUUCUAUUUUCUUUUUCUUCUUUUUCUUUCUCUCUUUCUUUUCUAUUUACAUUCUUCUUUUUCUCUUUCUCUCUUUCUUUCUAUUUACAUUCUUCUUUUUCUCUUUCUUUUCUCUCUUUCUUUCUAUUUACAUUCUUCUUUUCUCUUUUUCUUUUCUCUUUUCUUUCUUUCUAUUUACAUUCUUCUUUUUCUUUCUCUUUUCUUAUUUUACUUUUUCUUUUCUCUUUCUUUUCUAUUUACAUUCUUCUUUUUCUCUUUCUCUCUUUCUUUCUAUUUACAUUCUUCUUUUUCUUUUCUCUUUUCUUCUAUUUACAUUUUCUCUCUUUUCUUUCUAUUUACAUUCUUCUUUUUCUUCUUUUUCUCUUUUCUCUCUUUCUUUCUCUUUUCUCCUCUCUUUCUUUACAUUCUUCUUUUCUCUUUCUCUCUUUCUUUCUAUUUGUUCUUCUUUUCUUCUUUUCUCAUUUUCUCUCUUUCUUUCUUUCUAUUUACAUUCUUCUUUUCUCUUUCUCUCUUUCUUUCUAUUUACAUUCUUCUUUUCUCUUUCUCUCUUUCUAUUUACAUUCUUCUUUUCUUUUUCUCUUUCUUUCUUACAUUCUUCUUUUCUCUUUCUCUCUUUCUUUAUUUACAUUCUUCUUUUCUCUUUCUCUCUUUCUUUCUAUUUACAUUUCUUCUUUUUCUUUUCUCUUUCUUUUCUCUUUCUUUCUAUUUCUCAUUCUUUCUUCUUUUUUUUCUUCUUUCUCUCUUUCUUUCUAUUUACAUUUCUUCUUUUCUCUUUCUCUUUCUUCUAUUUCAUUCUUCUUUCUUUUUUCUCUCUCUUUCUUUCUAUUUACAUUUCUUCUUUUCUUCUUUUUCUCUUUUCUCUCUUUCUUUUCUAUUUACAUUCUUCUUUUUCUCUCUUUCUUCUAUUUACAUUCUUCUUUUUCUUUCUUUCUCUUUUUCUUUCUUUUUUACAUUCUUCUUUUCUCUUUUCUCUUUUUCUUCUUUUUCUUUCUCUUUCUCUCUUUCUUUCUCUCUUUCUUUUCUCUUUUCUCUCUUUCUCUCUCUUUUUACUUUCUUCUUUUCUCUUUCUCUCUUUCUUUCUAUUUACAUUCUUCUACUUUUCUCUUUCAUUCUUCUUUUCUUUUUUCAUUCUUUCUUUCUAUUUCUUCUUUUUCUUCUUUUCUCUUUCUUUUUUCUUUCUUUCUUUCUUGCUAUUUACAUUUCUUCUUUUUCUCUCUUUCUUUCUAUUUACAUUCUUCUUUUCUCUUUUCUCUCUUUACAUUCUUCUUUUCUCUUUCUCUCUUUCUUUCUAUUUACAUUCUUCUUUUUUUUUUUUCUCUUUCUUUUCUAUUUACAUUCUUCUUUUCUCUCUUUCUCUAUUUACAUUCUUCUUUUCUCUUUCUCUCUUUCUUUCUAUUUACAUUCUUCUUUUCUCUUUCUCUCUUUUCAUUUUUUUUCUCUUACUCUCUUUCUUCUCUCUUUUUUUUUUCCUUUCUUUUUCUAUUUACAUUCUUUUCUCUUUCUCUUUUCUUUCUAUUUACAUUCUUCUUCUCUUUCUCUCUUUUUCUAUUUACAUUCUUCUUUUCUCUUUUUCUCUCUUUCUUUUCUCUAUUUACAUUCUUCUUUUCUCUUUCUCUUUCUUCUAUUUACAUUCUUCUUUUCUCUUUCUUUUCUUUUCUAUUUACAUUCUUCUUUUCUCUUUCUCUUUCUAUUUCACUUUCUUUUUUCUUUCUCUUUCUCUCUUUUACUAUUUGUUCUUCUUUUUUUCUUCUUUUCUUUCUUUCUCUCUUUCUUUCUAUUUACAUUCUUCUUUCUCUUUCUCACUUUCUUUCUAUUCUUCUUUUCUCUUUCUCUCUUUCUUUCUAUUCUUCUUUUUCUUUUCUCUUUUUUUCUCUUUUCUCUUUCUUUCCAUUUCUUCUUUCUUCUAUUUACAUUCUUUUCUCUUUCUCUCUUUCUUUCUAUUUACAUUUCUUCUUUUCUCUUUCUCUCUUUUCUAUUUACAUUCUCUUUCUUUUCUCAUUCUUCUUUUCUUCUUUCUAUUUACAUUCUUCUUUUCUCUUUCUUUCUCUUUUCUUUUCUUUAUUUACAUUCUUCUUUUCUCUUUCUCUCUUUCUUUCUAUUUACAUUCUUCUUUUCUCUUUCUUUCUUUCUUUCUUUCUAUUCUUCUUUCUCUUUCUCUCUUUAUUUACAUUCUUCUUUUCUCUUUCUCUUUCUUUCUAUUUUGUUCUUUCUUUUCUCUUUUUCUUUUCUCUCUUUCUUUCUUUCUUUCUAUUUACAUUCUUCUUUUCUCUUUCUCUCUUUCUUGCUAUUUACAUUCUUCUUUUCUUUCUUUCUCUUCUUUUUUUCUUUUCUUUUCAUUACAUUCUAUUUACAUUCUUCUUCUUUUCUCUUUCUCACUUUCUUUCUAUUUACAUUCUUCUUUUCUCUUUCUCUCUUUUUAUUUACAUUCUUCUUUUCUUUUCUAUUUACAUUUACAUUCUUCUUUUCUCUUUCUCUUUUUUCUCUCUUUCUUUCUUUUCCUUUUCUUCAUUCUCCUUUUUACAUUCUUCUUUUUUCUUUCUUUCUCUUUUCUUUCUAUUUACAUUCUUCUUUUCUCUUUCUUUUCUCUUUCUUUUUCUAUUUACAUUCUUCUUUUCUCUAUUUUUUCUUCUUUUUCUCUUUCUUUUAUUUUAUUCUUCUUUUUCUUCUCUUUUUUCUCUUUCUCUUUUCUUUCUAUUUUCUUUUCUUUUCUCUUUUCUCUUUCUUUCUAUUUCAUUUUUCUUUUCUCUUUCUCUUUCUUUCUAUUUGUUCUUCUUUCUCUUUUCUCUUUCUUUUAUUUUCUUUCUAUUUCAUUCUUUUCUUUUCUUUCUUUCGGCCCAUUUCUUUCUCUCUUUCUCUUUCUUUUUCUAUUUACAUUCUUCUUUUCUCUUUUCUCUCUUUCUUUCUAUUUACAUUCUUCUUUUUUCUCUUUUCUCUUUUCUUUUUUCUCUUUCUUCUUUUCUCUUUCUCUCUUUCUCUUUCUUUUCUAUUUACAUUCUUCUUUUCUUUCUCUCUUUCUUUUUCUUUUUUCUUUCUUUCUAUUUACAUUCUUCUUUCUCUCUCACUUUCUUUCUAUUUACAUUCUUCUUUUUCUUUUCUCCCUUUUUUCAUUUUCUUCUUUUCUCUUUUUCUCUUUCUUUUUCUAUUUUUCUUUCUCUUUCUCUUUCUUUACUUUUCUUUUUCUUUUCUCUUUUCUCUUUCUUUCUCUUCUAUUUACAUUUCUUUUUCAUUCUUCUUUUUUUCUCUUUCUCUUUCUUUCUAUUUUUCUUUCUUUCUGUUGUUCUUCUUUCUCUUUUCUCUCUUUCUUUCUAUUUACAUUUUUCUUUUCAUUUCUUUCUAUUUAUAUUCUUUCUCUUUCUCUCUUUCUUUUCAUUCUCCUUUUCUCUUUCUCUCUUUCUUUUAUUUCUUUCUUUUCUUUUUACAUUCUUCUUUUCUCUUUCUCUCUUUCUUGCUAUUUACAUUCUUCUUCUUUUCUCUUUCUCUCUUUCUUGCUAUUUACAUUCUUUUUUUUUUCUCUUUUCUUUCUAUUUCAUUCUUCUUUUCUUUCUUUUAUUUACAUUCUUCUUUCUCUUUCUCUCUUUCUUUCUAUUUACAUUCUUCUUUUCUCUUUUCUUCUCUUUCUUUCUAUUUACAUUCUUCUUUUUUCUCUUUUUCAUCCUUUUCUUUUUCUCUUUUCAUUUUUCUCUUUCUUUCUCUUUUUUCUCUUUCUCUCUUUCUUUCUAUUUAUUCUUCUUUCUCUUUCUCUCUUUCUUUCUUUUACACAUUCUUUUCUCUUUUUCUCUUUUCUUUUCUCUUUCUCACUUUUCUCUUUCUCUCUUUCUUUCUAUUUAUUCUCCUUUUCUCUUUCUCUCUCUUUCUUUCUUCUUUUAUUCUUUCUUUUUCUCUUUCUCUCUUUCUUUCUUUCUUUUAUUUACAUUCUUCUUUUCUCUUUCUCUCUUUCUUUAUUUAUUUUCUCUUUCUCUCUUUUUUUCUCUCUUUCUUUUACAUUUUCUUUUCUUUCUCUCUUUCUUUCAUUUACAUUCUUCUUUUCUCUUUCUUCUAUUUACAUUCUUCUUUCUUUCUCUCUUUCUCUCUUUUUCUUUCUAUUUACAUUCUUCUUUUCUUUUCUCUUUUUCUUUCUUUCUCUCUUUUUCUUUCUAUUUACAUUCUUCUUUUCUCUUUCUCUUUCUUUCUUUCUUUCUAUUUCAUUCUUCUUUUCUUUUCUCUUUCUUCUUUCUUUCUCUUUCUUUUCUCUCUUUUUCUCUUUUUACAUUCUUCUUUUCUCUUUUUUUCUUGCUCAUUCUUCUUUUCUCUUUUCUCUCUUUCUUUCUAUUUACAUUCUUCUCUUUCUCUCUUUCUUUCUAUUCAUUCUUCUUUUCUCUUUUCUUUCUUUUUUAUUUUUUUCUUUUUUUUCUUUUACAUCUCUCUUUCUUUUUCUGUUCUUUCUUCUUUUCAUUUCAUUCUUCUUUUUUUCUUUCUUUCAUUCUUCUCUCACACUUUUUUAUUUCUUUCCGCACACUGGGAAAAUGGUCUUUUCUCUUUUACAUUCUUGUUGUAAAUGUCCUUCUCUUACUUAUCUGUUAUUCUUUUUCUUGCCUUUGCCUUUUUCCCCUUAUUGUCUAUCAUUUGUUCCUUCUUCUUUCAGUUCUUAUUUUAUUUUACUACUACCUGUCUUCUUAG